CGUUAGCAGCAUUUAGCAAAUAGCACUGCCACAACGUACGGAUGACGACCCGAAAGCAGGGGCGUCUUCCUCUACCCCUCUCCACUCCGAAUCUCCCCAUCCUUCUCUUUCGCGCACGCACCCAGAGAGAGAGAGAUUAACGGCAAGAAACAGGGCGCAGCAAGGAAGCAGAGCCCAAUCCAAUGGAUGCCGGAGCGGUCGGGGGUGUGGGCGUUGAGGGUCUCUCAACUUCCCCGGCGCAGUUCGUUUCCCGGUGGGCCAACCUUGUUUCGCAGCGCUACCAACACUUGCUCGAUAAGAUCACUCCUCACGUUCUUCGCCGCUGGAUCGCGUUCGCCGCCGUCACCUUCCUCUACACCGUCCGCGUUUACUUCGUUCAAGGCUUCUACAUCGUCUCCUACGGUCUUGGCAUCUACAUCCUUAACCUCCUCAUCGCUUUCCUCUCACCCCAGGUCGACCCCGAGAUCCAAGACCUCUCCGACGGCCCCACCCUCCCCACCCGAGGAUCAGAUGAGUUUCGCCCCUUCGUUCGCCGCCUUCCGGAGUUUAAGUUCUGGUACUCUAUUACAAAAGCCUUCUGUAUUGCGUUUGUGAUGACAUUCUUCAGUGUAUUUGACGUGCCUGUGUUUUGGCCAAUACUCCUUUUCUACUGGAUGGUACUAUUUACUCUCACUAUGAGGCGGCAGAUAUCUCACAUGAUAAAAUAUAAAUAUGUUCCAUUUUCUUUUGGGAAACAGCGGUAUGAUAAAAGGAAGCCAGCUUCAACUGACAACCUGAAUGCUCCAAGGGAUUGAGAUUUCAGUUUCCUGCAUGAUAGCGGGUGCAUUCUGAGGAUGCAGUGGUAGUGAUAAUUGGCUCAAGGAUUGACACCCGAACCUGGGAUGAUUGUUCCUUUUGUUCAGAUUUUAAUUCGGGCAAGCUUCUGAAUCUCUAGUGGAAAAGUUGGCUUGGAGGAGACAAAAGAGUGUCUACUGAUCUCCCCGUUUCAUUAUAUUAGAAGUCCUUUUGUAUAGGAGCUUAGGGAGAACAUGCUGCAUUCCUUGUGAGUAAAAUAUAGAUCCUCGAUUUGUACUUACAGGAGCAUUUGCAGAAGGAAAUGCCAGUCAAUCUGGGCAAUAGAUUUAAACUAAAUGUAGUUUUUGACUUGUAGUUUUUAAUUUUUAAUUUUUAAUAUCAAUUGUGAUUUCCCCACUCUCUCAGUUGAGCUAUUGGGAGCAUUCUUAGCUAUAAAAUAAGCAUUGAAAGAA